AUGCCGCGUGUUUCCGCGGAAUCCCAACAAAUAUCUCUCGACGGCGGCAACGGGUCACCGACACUCGGCGAACUGCUGACAAGUUUCGAAGACAGUGGCCGGAGGAAAGAGUCCGGCGAAGAUCACAUCUUGGAUCUCGCUCCCCCUCAUACGUCAUCUGUGCCGUUUCUCUUGGCCUUCAACAACCUCAGAUACAAUGUCGAAAUUCGCCGGCGGUUCGAAUUCUCGUCGCUGCUCUCUCCGAAAAAGCCAGCUUCGGUGAGAACUCUGCUCGACGAUGUUUCCGGCGAGGCUUGCGACGGCGAUAUCCUCGCCGUUCUCGGAGCAAGCGGAGCCGGAAAAUCCACCUUGAUCGACGCGUUGGCGGGACGAGUGAGCAGCCUGAGAGGCUUCGUUACUCUAAACGGAGAGAAGAUUCUGCAGUCUCGGAUGCUAAAGGUGAUAUCGGCGUACGUGAUGCAAGACGAUCUCCUCUUCCCGAUGCUCACCGUCAAAGAAACCCUAAUGUUCGCUGCCGAGUUUCGUCUCCCGAGAAGCUUACCCAAAUCGAAGAAGAUGGAGCGUGUUCAAGCCCUAAUCGACCAACUCGGGCUCAGAAAUGCGGCGGACACUGUAAUCGGAGACGAAGGACACCGUGGAGUAUCCGGCGGAGAGAGGCGACGCGUUUCUAUCGGAAUCGAGAUCAUCCACGACCCUAUCGUCUUGUUCCUCGACGAGCCUACGUCGGGGCUAGAUUCCACCAACGCGUUUAUGGUGGUGCAGGUUCUUAAACGAAUCGCUCGGAGUGGCAGCAUCGUGAUGAUGUCGAUCCAUCAGCCUAGUUCUCGAAUCGUUGAUCUGCUUGAUCGCCUUAUCAUCUUAUCUCGCGGCAAGAACGUUUUCAAUGGAUCUCCGGCUAGUCUUCCUUCUUUCUUCUCCGUUUUUGGUCGUCCCAUACCGGAGAAGGAGAACACUAUAGAGUUCGCACUCGACCUAAUCCGAGAACUCGAAGGAUCCUCUGAAGGAACCAGAGAGUUAGUAGAGUUCAACGCGAAGUGGCAACACAACCAGUCCGCUCGAGCCACGCCACAGACCACACCAUACCAAGCUUUAUCUCUAAAAGAAUCCAUCAAUGCAAGUGUUUCGAGAGGCAAACUCGUCUCUGGCUCAGCCGAGUCCAGUCACGUCCCCAUGGAGUCGGUCUCUUCAUACGCAAACCCUCCGUUGAUCGAGAUCUUCAUCUUAGCCAAACGUUACAUGAAAAACUGGAUCAGGACGCCUGAGCUAAUCGGAACGCGAGUCGCCACGGUCAUGGUGACUGGUCUUCUCUUAGCUACUAUCUACUGGAGGCUUGACAACACUCCAAGAGGUGCGCAGGAGAGAAUGGCUUUCUUUGCGUUCGGCAUGUCCACGAUGUUCUACGUCUGUGCCGACAACAUCCCUGUCUUCAUCCAAGAACGGUACAUUUUCUUGAGAGAGACAACACGCAACGCGUAUAGAACAUCCUCGUACGUCGUGUCUCACUCCCUCGUGACCCUGCCUCAGCUACUCGCUCUUUCCGUUGCGUUUGCUGCAACCACGUUCUGGACCGUUGGUUUGAGCGGCGGGCUAGACGGCUUCUUCUACUACUGCCUCAUCAUCUACGCAGCCUUUUGGUCCGGAUCCUCUGUUGUUACUUUCUUAUCGGGUCUUAUCCCGAAUGUCAUGAUAAGUUACAUGGUCACUAUAGCCUAUCUUUCCUACUGUCUGCUGCUCGGUGGGUUCUACAUCAACCGGGAUCGGAUACCGGUCUACUGGAUAUGGUUUCAUUACAUUUCGGUGUUGAAGUAUCCCUACGAGGCUGUCUUAAUCAACGAAUUUGAUGACCCGUCUCGCUGUUUUGUCAAGGGAGUCCAGGUGUUUGAUGGUACGCUUUUGGGAGAAGUGCCCGAUGUGAUGAAGGUGAAGCUCCUCGAUACACUGAGCAGCUCUUUAGGAACGAGUAUAACAGAGUCCACAUGCUUGAGAACAGGGGCUGACAUACUUAAGCAGCAAGGUAUUACUCAGUUGAGCAAGUGGGAUUGCUUGUGGAUCACGCUUGCUUUUGGUCUCUUCUUCAGGAUCUUGUUUUACUUCUCCUUGGUGCUAGGGAGCAAGAAUAAGAGGACGUGA